AUGAAUGUCUUUCAAGAAAAUGCUCUCUGGAUGGAGGAAAUCUUCAAGGACCACGUCAAGAAAGAAAAGUUCGCGCAGAAGAAUUGGAAGAAUAAGCAUGGUUACAUCUUGGACGAAAUCCACGAGAUGGAGGAGAAGCUGAAAAAUGUCGGCCAAGAGAAAGAUUUCAUCAACGAAAAGCCAAAAGAAGAGGUCAAAGAAGCGCCCAAGCCAAAGAAAAAGCCACAUCCAAAAGUUCCUCUCACGGAUUCAGGACUUAUCGGCUGGCGAUCGACUGACCCCCGUUACAAUUUGGAAAAAUUCAAGUUCACAAACGACAAGAACCACACCAAAGGCGACAUUGUUGCAAAGCUCAAAUGGCCAAGAGAAGGAAUCUAA